GGAGAAAUUUCCUCAUGCGAUUCAUUGCUAAUUUAUUACUAUUACUCAGGCACCACCUCUGUUGAAGACCGCAAAGCACUUUGGUUAAUGGAUUACGAAACAUGUUUUUACUGAAAUAAAAUCAGAGUGAAGACAAAGGUCGUGGAGAGUGAAAAUGGAGUCCCAAGAUUACGCUGCUGGCUUUGUGGACCAGCACCGGGCUGAGCUCAUCGAGAGGGUGAGGGCAGUGGACCCCAUCGGGAGGGGUCUGCUCCCACACAUGAGGAUGCAUACCAGGUUCACCAUGCUGCUGAAUGAUGCCAGUCAGAACAUCAUGAAGAACAUCUACCAAGACCUGGACCUUGGAGGAGCGCCUGCAAAAGAGGCUUUUUACAAACUUCUGAAGGAACACGAGCCUCAGCUCAUUCAGGAGCUGGAGACGGAAAAGGACAGUGGAGAGAUUCAGAGUCACGGUGAAGAGCUACAGCAUCUAAAGGAAGAAAGAGAGAAAGAGAGACAGGAGCUGGAAGCGUGGAGAGCAGCCAGAGAAACAGAGGAAAUGAGGCUUCAGCAAGUGAGAUAUGAACUCCAGAGAGAGAGGGAGGAGGUGGAGAGAAUGAGGGACACGACCCAGAAAGAGAAGGAGACCAUGAACCUGAAGAAGAGAAAACAGAGGGUUAAACAUCAGAUAAAGGAGGAGAAUGAGACCAAGAAACUGAACAGUGAGAGACCGAGUAAAAUCGGGGUGGCACUGAAAAGCCAAUUAAGAAGAUGUCAAACCAUGGACUUUUUAGUUUCAUUUGCCAGUGUCCCUGAGCUCCGGCUGGUGGUUCUGGGGAGAAGUACAGCUGGGAAAAGCUUAAUAGCAAAUGCCAUCCUGGGCAGAGAGGUGUUUGUGUCUGGGACGCCCUCACCGACACAGGUCCAGAUGAGCAGCGAGAUGAAAAUCAGGAUUAUUGCCGGGAGACAGGUGGUGGUGGUGAAUACUCCAGACUGGUUUAGCUCUACAGUGUCCCAGUUUGAGCUGAGGCAGGACGUCAAACACUGCAUGCAAUUGUCAGCUCCAGGGCCCCAUGCUUUUCUCUUGGUCACAGAGAUGCACGAGUAUGGAGAGAUGCAGGGAACAAUAUUAGAGAAGAUGAGGGAGAUACUUGGAGAUGAUUGCUUUCCACACACCAUUGUCCUACUGACUCACACCAGUGAACUGACAGAGAGCAUCACUGGAGGCUUUGUGCAUACUAGCAGCCCAGACCUCCAGAGAAAAAUGACCAGAUGUGGGAACAGGUAUCAUAUCAUCAACACCAGUAACAGGCCUGAAGGUUAUCAGAUCUCCUGGUUGCUGGAGAACAUAACGAAGAUGGUUGAAGAAAACCAAUGGAGCUUCUACAGCAGUAAAAUGCAGAAAGACGUGAUGUCUCAGAUUCAAGAGGUGGAACAAAAGCUUCAGAGGGAAAGAGCUGAGAGGAAACUGAGAGAAGAACUGGAGGUGAAGGAGAAGUUUGAGAAGGAGCUGCAAGACUCUCUGAGGGAGACCGUGAUUCCGGAACAGAAGGCAAAGAUUGUAGUGCUGGAGGAGAAGAUAGUUAAACUGGAGGAACAUCUGAAGGAAGAGAGGGAUGAAGAAAAGAAUAAAGAACUUGAAGAAGACCUGAACAAAGAGGUAGAGCUGAGGAAUGUUACGCAAAACAAGGUUAAAAGACUGAAGCAGGAAGCAGAGAAAGAAAAAAGUGAGCAGGAGGAGAAACACAGACAGGAGAUUGAAGAGAUCAGAGAGGACCAUGAGGCUCAGUAUGAAGCAGAAAGAGAUGUGAUGGAAAUACUGCUACCUGAAAUGUUUAGCAGAUUACAGUCCACAAUAAAAACCAAGAACAAUGAUUUUGAGAGACAGACUGAGGAAAAGAACCAUGAAAUAGCUGUUAUAAAGGAAACGUGUAGCAGAGAGAUAGAGAGAGUGCAGAGGGAGAAGAAUGAAGAGAUGCAGAAGUUAGAGAUAGAGAUGAACAAAGAGAUGGAGAGGAUGAAGAGGAAGGUGGAGAGCAGCUCACAGGGAUCCCCAGGAGAGAAGAAAGGUCAUGGAGAGAUUCACUGGAUCCUGAGGAAGCUGGUCAUAGUGCCACUGCUGUUUGGUUUCCUUUUUGUGCUGAAUCAUAUUUGUGGUUCUUUCACACCAUAAAUGAUCCUGGUCUGCUUUGUUCUAUCCAAUAUGGUCUUUUUUACCUUUUUCCUGGUUGACUGGGGGCUGAGGAGAGCAAUCAGGCUCCUGGGCUGAGGGCGUAUUCUGAGCUAGCAGCCAAUAGCAGGGAUAAGUAGCAGGGAUUAGUCAUUCCAGCAGUCAAUGGAUUUAAUGGCCGCAGUAUCAUGAUAAAACUAUAUAUGCAUUAAUAUUUCUUUAAUGGUGUAAAAUAGAGUUAUUAGGAUGUCCUGUAGCAUGGUGGCUUAGCGGUUAGCAUGGAGCCCCACCCCACAGGGCUGUGGGUCUGAACUCUGCCUCCAGCUGAGGGUGUGAACAGAGCAGAUCUUCCUCCUGUGUUUCUCUGUGUCUUUUUUAUAUAGUUCUUCUUUUUCUUCUGUCUCAGGUGAAAAAAAAUCUAUCAUAAUCCAUCAGAUGGCAGCAUCAUUCCAACAAACUGUGUUACGAAAAAAGAUAAUGUUUGUUGAGUACUAAACGAACAAGAUACAGCAAAUGAAUGGUUUUAGUUUAUGUAUAAAUUGUUUUAUAUGUUUUUUGUCUAUAUGUGUACGUCAGCUUGGCCAUUUCAAAACCUCUUUGAAAGUCGCCCCAGUGUUUGUAGUAACCAUCCAGUAUGCCCAUGUACCAUACCAUACCAUACCAUACCAUACCAUACCAUACCAUACCAUGCCUAAUCAAUAUCUCAUGAAGGCAUUUAACUAAUUACGUUAACUAAGUAAGGUAGGGGUGAAGAAAGACGUGUGUCCAUUGCUGGGUUUCUUCAAGAAGAGGUUAGGAAACCAAGGCAUGUGUUAUAUUAGCCAUCCAAUAAGCUUUCCGUAACAUUUUGGAGAACACAAGGAUUUCUUAUGCUUUUAUUGUAUUAUGGAAUAUCUGUAUAAUUUUUUUUUUCUGAACAAAUAUACCUUUACUGCCAAGAUAAACAGCUUUAAACACA